AUGAAGGGUGCCGAGCUUGAUGCGGCGACCACCCCGCCUCCCUCUGUCUUCACCAACGCCGGAGGGGAGCCUUCGCUUUCGCUUUCUUCCAUCCCCGAACCACCAGGCCCGUCCAAGUUCGAGCAGCUUCAUGGUAAAGCAGACGAGGAGGACCUUGUCUUGUUGUACAGACCCAGCCUCCGCGUCAGACUCCGAACAGCCCUUCACACCGCCGUCGUUUGGAUCUGCGCCCUCUUCACCCUGCCCGACUAUGUCACCGGCGGCUCCAACGGCGGCGGCGGCGGCGGCAGCGACGACCGCUACGCGCGUCUGGAGUGGGACGACAUGGAGGAGGAGGGCUACAGCGUGGCCCAGGGCAAGGAGUUCGUUCUCCGGUUCGCCCGGGCCCUGGCCAACACCGACAUGGCCACCCACAAGGUGACCGACAUGUGCACCACCCUGGCCAAGUCGCUCGGCAUCGAGGCCUCGUUCCUCGUGCUCCACUCGACCAUCAUCGCCUCCUUCCCCCAGCUCACUCCCUCCUCCUCUGCUUCUUCGUCGUCUCCAUCACCUUCUUCACAUUCUUCGCCGGCGCCGCCGUCGCCUCCGACCGACCACCGCCACCCGCAGCCGCUGGCCGCACCCCUGCUGGCCAUGGAGCUCGAUGAAGGUGGUGGCGAUGAUGAUGGUGAUGGGGAAUUGGAAGAAGCCGAUGGAGGUGGGCGUUCGUGGUGGCCCAAGCGAAAGCGAAAGCGCGACCGGUCGGCCUGGAUGUCGUCGCACAGGUGGGUGGCGAGCACCCGGGGCCUGGCCAAGUCGGCCACGCCGGCCCAGCGGAAGCCGUUCACGUCCACCACCAACGAGCUCGCGUCGACGCAGACCCACAUCAUCCACACCGCGGCGGUGCGCAACUGCGAGAUGAUGCUCUACCUGGGCCUCCUCCGCCUGCGCCUCUCCACCGGUAAGAUGAGUUUGGGGCAGGCGAUCGAUGCGUUGGAGAGGAUCGAGAGUGCGCCGCCGAGGUACCACCCGUUGGCGACGAUCGCCAGCUCGGCCUUGACCUCGGCCUCCUGCAUCACAGUCUUCUACGGCGGCGGCUGGGCUGAUAUCUGGCUCGCGCUGCUCCUGGGCACGAUGGUGAGCACGGUGACGUACAUGUGCGGCCGGCGGAUGGGGAUGCGGGGCUUCUCGGACUUCACCGCGGCCAUUGUGAUCGCCUUCUUCGGCUCAGUGCUGGCCUCGCUCCACGGGGGCCUCUGCUACCAAGGCGACCUCAUCGCCGCGUUGGUGUGGCCGCUCCCGGGCAUUGCGAUCACGGUGGCCAUGCAGGAGUUGGCCGCGCUCAACGUCACCACGGGCGCGUCGCGGCUGGUCUUGAGCUACUUCGCACUCAUUCAGCUGGGCCUGGGGAUUUCGAUCGGCGAGACGGUGCUGGCCAAGGCGUGGCCGGGGGCGAUCCCCAACAUGUGCCACGAUGUGGGACUGUGGGAGAGGUCCGUCCUUCUGCCGAUCGCUUCUCUGGGCUUCUCCGGUUUGCUCAAGCUCAUCAUGGCCAUCGUGUCCUACUUCAUCAAGGUCGUCAGCCUCGAGUACCUCGAGUUCAGCGACGACAACGCCACCGCCAUCAGCGCCUUCAGCGUCGGCAUUAAUGGCCGAUUCUCGGGCCACCCAGCCUACGCGCUCACCCUGCAGGCCCUAUUCGUCGUCCGCACUGGUGGCAUCGGCCUUCGCGGAAUGCGGGCGAUCGCUGCCGGCGACUUCAUGGGCGGGCUCACGCUCAUCUACACCAUGACCUCGAACAGCUUUGCCCUCGCCAUAGGCUUGUUGGCGGCCAACAUUCCCUUCCGCUUCCGCUCUCGCAACCGCUACUCCAAGUGGUGA